AUGUUUGAAUACACCUCUGUAAUAGAUUUUGGCUAUGAUGACGAUGAUCCAAACUAUUUUGGUUGCUACGAUAAAAAGUUAUUUAAAGCACACGAGUUGGAUACAGACGUAGAACGAGAUUAUUCGGAGGAACCUACAGACAAUUAUGAGCCACAGCCAUCUGAAAUAAAAGCUAUAGCGUUGUAUGCUUUCACUCCAGAAAACGAUAACGAGCUGGCUCUACAGGAAGAUCAGUUGGUAAUAAUCAGCUACGAAUAUGGUCAAGGAUGGCUCGUAGCACAAGAUCCACGCACAGGUGAAACUGGACUUGUUCCAGAAGAGUAUGUGCACUUCGUUGACGAUGAACAACAGAUAGCUACAAAUUACGGCGAAGAAUCCCAAGAUGAUGUCGAGGAAAACAUACUGGUCUCCCCAAUAGAGACCAAGGCUGGGACGAAACAAGAUGAAUGGGUGGAUGUUGCUUCUGAUGACUGA